AUGGGCUACCCCAUGGCCAGGAACCUGCGGGCGAAGAUAGCCGAAUCCGACACGAUGCUCAUCCACGACGUUAACCCGGCGGUCACCGAGAAGUUCAAGCAAGAGGUCGGCAAGGUCGAGAUAGCAGAGCAUGUGCGCGAGGUCGCGGAGACGGCGACCACCAUCAUCACCGUCCUCCCCGAACCACACCACGUCCAAAACGUCUACCAGCAAAUGCUCCGACCCCACACCCUCCGCUCCGAGACCCCCAACACCCACGAACGCCUCUUCAUCGACUGCUCCACCAUCGACCCAAAGUCCUCCGCCGAAGUCGCCAACGCAACCCACUCCAGCGGCUCCGGCAAAUUCGUCGACGCGCCCAUGUCUGGAGGCGUCGUAGGAGCAUCCGCCGGCACACUCACCUUCAUGAUCGGCUGUCCUCCCGAGGGCGUGGACCGCGUGAAGGAAGUCCUCUCGCUCAUGGGCCGUCGCACCGUACACCUGGGGCCCCAAACAAGCGGCCUGAAAGGGAAGCUGGCGAACAACUACCUCUUGGCAUUAAACAACAUCGCCACCUGCGAAGCAAUGAACAUGGGCAUCAAAUGGGGUCUCGACGGCAAAGUCCUCGCGGACAUGAUCAACAGCGCGACAGGCAAAUGCUGGCCCAGCGAAGCCAACAACCCCGUGCCAGGCGUGGUCGAGGGAGCACCAGCAGGGAAGGACUAUGAAGGCGGUUUCGGCACGAGUCUGAUGCUGAAGGAUUUAGGACUGGCAUUGACGGCUUGCGCGCAGGCGGACAUCGUGCCGCAUUUGGGCCCGCAUGCGAGGGAGAUUUAUGCUGCGUGUGAAGGCGCGGAGGGGACGAAGGGGAGGGAUUUUUCCGUGGUUUAUCGGCAUCUUGGGGGGCGGGAAUGA